GUCGUGCACUGGCAGCAGGUGUAUGAACGACACGCGGCUGCCCCACAAGUGAAGUUGCGAUAUAGAACGUACGGUGCUUUAUAUCUUUCUCCCUUCACCUUGAUUCCAAGCGACCCUUUCUUCCCAUUAUGCGCUUGCGCGGUGAAUUAUGUAUUGGAGCCGCAACCGUUCUGUCCUUCGUCUCUGUAUUGCUUAUAAUCUUCGCCCAUGUCGGCCAAAUCAAUACGUCAACUGUUCCGAGAGGCUUGUCCAUGGUCAAUGUGAACAUGUCCGCCUAUGGUGAUGCCUUGCAGAGUGCAACUGGCGAUCCCGUUGAGGGUUUGUAUGCUACUAAUGCAACAGCGCCUUUGGGACAGGGCCAGGGACUUCGCCAAUUGUACAAGUUUGGACUAUACUCGUUCUGUGGUUACAUGAAUGGGACUCAAGGCAUUUGUUCAAACCACACAACAGCACUCCAGCUUCAGCCGUAUGAUGCCGUCCUCGCCGACAUGCCCACCAAGUUUCCAAGCCUGACGAGGGCUUUCGUACCCGAUAUUUAUACCUUUACAAAUUCGCAUUAUCUUGGUGAAUUUUCUAGGGCAGCUUACUACCUACUUCUGUUGGGCAGUAUCUGCGCAGCACUCGCCAUGUUCACCGGCAUUCCGAAGCGGACGUACACGUAUAUGCUCUCUACUUUAUUUGCAAUCUUCGGCUCUGGUCUCUUGUUCAUCGGUGUAGUGAUCUGGACGGUUCUGGUGAACAAAACAGAAGGCAUAAACAAAGCUAUCCUAACGAACUCCGGCUCUGGCGUGUCGACUCCACUCGGCAUUACUGUGUCCGCGGGUGCGUCACUCUGGCUAUUCUGGGCAAGCUUCGUCUGCCUGUUCCUCUCCAUAGUACCAUACCUUGUUAGUUGCUGCACAUACCGAGGGUGAAAUUCACGCCGAAGAAGCAGCGCAGUUUAUCUUUAUAACCCACACUACAUCAUAAAUUGCGACACCUGAACAGCCGACGCAAGUUGGUUCCGUACUCACCAAAGCUGACGAAGAGGACAGGCGCCUUUUUAAGUAGGACACUUAUGUAGAAACCGGAUGGAUAUCAAUGAAAUUUAAUGAAAC